AUGCUACAGCGUGUGACCAGACUCGUUCUACGGAGCCGUGUAGCUUCUGGCAAGCUCGGAAAUGUCCCUCAGACACGCUCUAGAUCAUACUUGCAUCCGCCUUGGCUGCUCGAUACACACAUCCCACGAUAUCAGCUCCUCACAUCUGUCGAAGCGGCAAAGAAGCGCGCUGCAGCAUACGCCCACCUGCGAAAUUGCAAUCUGUGCCCGCGGCGCUGCUCUGUAAACCGCUACGAACGUAUGCCGCUGUAUAGUGCGUCGACAGAAGGCGGCAAAGCUCACUUGAACGGUUUUGCCAGAAUCAUGACAUUGCUCACCAAAGCAAUGGGUUCUCGCUCACGCCAGAGCAACUCGGGGAAUGGUACAUCAAGCUGCAAGAGGUGGGUAACGUGCACAACAUCAAUCUAG